GUGCAAGUAAUCGACGGGUUUGAAUCCACGAGCCGACUGGAAAAUCUGUCGAUGUGCCCUUGAGCUACACAUUUAAACCUGUCAGUCGCUCUGGAUAACGUCUGCUAAAUUACUUAAUUAUGCUAAGACUAGUACUGCUUAGUUUUUUUGGCGUGCCAAAUACAUGUUAUGCAACACAAACGUACACGAAUUAUGUCAGAAAGCGUUUCGUCUGUCGACGUGUGUAGAACCACAGGCGGAAACAUUUUUUGCGACCCCGUGCACGAAAGGAACGUAGUGUGUUUACACACCGGAUUGGAUGACGUCCUCUACGUUGGUCAAUGUCAGCCAACGCGUGCUAGGAUAGGUUUAUCGGGGAGACCAGGAAGUGGCGGUCAACGGUAGUUUAGCUAGCUGUCUGAUAAACUGCUAACGGUAUAACAGCACAUCGUUGCAAUUUAUCAACGGGCUUCAAAGACCAGGAACGCGUACCUAGCUAACGAAACGAGGUGUUUUUUUUAAAGCUAACAUGCUAGCUAUCCUGCUAAAUAUCUUCCAUGUCAGCAGUAAAAAAAAAGCAUAUCGUUAGUUAAACAAACACAGUGUACAUACCCUAUGCUGCUAUCAAAUAUGUAUUUGGUGGGCUUUGUGCUCGUGAAUGUUAGUUAGCAGCGUAUGCAAGAGGAGAAACCUGUACGUGGAUGACUGACAUUGGCCACGGAGCUAACUUCGUUAACUAAAGUAGCUGGCUAGCAGUCGUUAGUUUGUAAUCGAAAUGGAUUUUAAAGGGUCAUUCAAGACUUCGAGGAUGGUUUUGUCCCUGGUUGUUCUCCUUGUAUUUUUCUCACACGGAACAGCAGCUGAUGAAGAGCUACAGGGGAAUCAUGAUCAUGCUCCUGAAUUGAAGUCUUACCAUGACCCCAACUCUGAGGAGGAAGAGGACCCAGUAGGUUCCAGGAUUGUAGCAGGAAUGGUGACUUCCGCCAGGGAGGCCCCGCAGCGUGAGGGGGAGAGAAGACCUGAUGGUGGGGUCCAGGAGGGUGGGCAAGAGGGGGAAGAGAAGGAGGACUUGCCCACCCAACCUCCUCCCAUUGAGGAAAGGCCCAAAGAGAUUCCUGUAGUGAAUGGGGGCACAGCCAAUAGGGAGCCCUGUCUGUUCCCCUUUCUCUUCCUGGGGAAGGAGUACUCGGACUGUACCACUGAUGGACGGGGGGACGAACGCCUGUGGUGCGCCACAACCUACGACUACGACAGGGACAAGAGAUGGGGUUUCUGUGAGACGGAGGAGCAGGCUGAGCAGAGACAUGUAGCGGAGGAGGCCGAAAAGGAGUACCAGACUGCCCUCCGCAUGAUCAACGGAACCAACCGGAAGAGCCAGAAGAAAGAGUUGUAUGAGAAGCUAUUGAAGGUGGCCUGGAAAGGCCACCACAAGGCCAUGGAGAAGGUGGCCUACGCCAUGCUGUUUGGAGACUAUAUGACCCAGAACAUCCCCAAGGCCAAGGAGCUGUUUGAGAAGCUGUCCCUGGAGGGCUCCCCCAAAGCUCAGAUGGCACUUGGUUUCUUGUACGCUGCUGGGUUAGGAGUGAACUCCAGUCAAGCAAAGGCACUGGUUUACUACACCUUCGGGGCUUUGGGUGGAAACCUGGUGGCUCAUAUGAUUCUGGGAUACCGAUACUGGGGUGGUGUGGGUGUGCCCCAGAGCUGUGAAUCGGCACUGACGCACUACAGACUGGUGGCCAAUCAUGUGGCCAGUGACGUGUCCCUGACGGGAGGCAGUGCGGUGCAGAGGGUACGUCUGCUGGACGAGGUGGAGAACCCAGGCUCUACCAGCGGCAUGCUGGAGGAAGACCUGAUCCAGUACUACCAGUUCCUGGCUGAGAAGGGAGAUGUCCAGGCCCAGGUGGGACUGGGCCAGCUGCAUCUGCACGGUGGUCGGGGGGUGGAGCAGAACCACCAGCGGGCGUAUGAUUACUUCAACCAGGCAGCGAAUGCGGGGAACACACACGCCAUGGCCUUCCUUGGGAAGAUGUACUCGGAUGGCAGUGAGUACUUGUCUCAGAACAAUGAGACGGCACUGCAGUACUUCAAGAAGGCCUCUGACCUGGGUAACCCUGUUGGGCAGAGUGGACUGGGCAUGGCGUACCUGUAUGGGAGGGGCGUUCCAGUGAAUUACGAGUUGGCGCUGAAAUACUUCCAGAAGGCAGCAGAGCAGGGCUGGGUCGACGGACAGCUUCAGCUGGGCACAAUGUACUACAAUGGGAUCGGGGUGAAGCGUGACUACAAGCAGGCCCUCAAGUUCUUCAAUCUGGCCUCGCAGGCGGGCCACAUCCUGGCCUUCUACAACCUGGCCCAGAUGCAUGCCACGGGCACCGGCGUUAUGCGCUCCUGCCACACCGCCGUGGAGCUCUUCAAGAAUGUGUGUGAGCGUGGGCGCUGGUCAGAGAGGCUUAUGGCAGCCUACCGCAGCUUCAAGGACGGCGACAUGGAUGGGUCGCUGGUGCAGUACCUACUGCUGGCCGAGCAGGGCUAUGAAGUGGCCCAGAGCAAUGUAGCCUUCAUCCUGGACCAGACAGAGGCCCGGAUCUUCAGUGAGAACGAGACGUACCCUCGAGCCCUCCUCCAUUGGACCAGAGCAGCAGCACAGGGUUAUACUGUGGCUAGAAUAAAGCUUGGGGACUACCAUUUCUACGGUUAUGGUACUGAUGUGGACUACGAGACUGCUGUCAUCCACUAUAGGCUGGCCUCGGAGCAGCAGCACAGUGCUCAGGCCAUGUUCAACUUGGGCUACAUGCAUGAGAAAGGCCUGGGCAUUAAACAGGACAUCCACCUGGCCAAGCGUUUCUAUGACAUGGCUGCCGAGGCCAGUCCCGACGCCCAGGUGCCCGUCUUCCUGGCUCUGUGUAAACUGAGCCUGGUCUACACCCUGCAGUACAUGCACGACCUCAACAUGACUGAGCUGGUCAGUCAGGUGGACCUUGACCAGCUCCUGGGCCCCGAGUGGGACCUCUACCUCAUGACGGUCAUCGCCCUGCUUCUGGGCACUGUCAUCGCAUACCGCCAGAGACAGCAUCAGGCUGUGCCCCCGCGGCCCCCUCCUCUCCCGGCCCCAGCCAGGCCCCCCCAGGAGCAGCCCCAACCUGAGGACCAGGUUCAGCCCGAGGUCCCACCCCAGGCCGAAGAGGAGCAGCAGUGAGCAAUUGCUACUAGCAUUAGAGCAAUGACUGGAUGUCUAUGGGAACAGCUAAUAUGCUAGCUGUUCCUGUAGACUUACAAUUAUUGUGCUAACGCUAAUUAGCCUUGGCUCCCAAAAUGACCUCUAACUUCCUGCAUACUGGAAGUUAGACAUAAAAAUGGUGUCCACAAGUUCAUCUGACUGAGGAAGUAGAUAAAGGACUUCAUUGCCAAAAUCCCGAACUAUCCCUUUAAUUAUCAUCCAAUCUGUAAAUGAAACAGUCUUGUUUUGUGUGCUCUGGUAGUCGUUACCAGAUAUUUUUUCAGAUUUUUCUUUGCGGAUUUUAUGUAGGUGUUUAAAGGUUACAACUUUCCUUAUCAGCAAAUACGAUACCAGAAACAAUACACACACCUUGCAAAACCAACAGAUUUGAGAUUGGCAGCAAUUGGAACUCGACACGCUAAGUUAGCUGCAUCUCCUUAGGGAACACGUUCUACAAACAAACAUUCUUUAUCAAGCAAGUUUUUGUUCCAGCGUGCUUUUUUUUGUGCAAAUAUUUUUUGAGCAAACAGGAACUUGUUUUGUUAGCAUAUUAUGUUGAAUUAAUGAAGGAAACAUAAACUUGCUAAUUCAUUUGACAUCCGGUUCAAAGCAGAGCUGAGCUUUGGGCAGCCUUCUUGUUUGAGUGGAACAAGUCAUGAACGCUAUUGUUGUCACUUGUCAGUCAUUUGAGCUCUGCCAUGGUAUGGUCGGGCAAAAAGUUGGAUUCUUGAGCGCUUAUCUAUAUAAUAAGGAAAUAUUAUGGAUAUUGCUGAAUGCCGAUUCCCACCAUAGAUGCUCUCUUACAGCCCAAAUCCUGAAAAAGUGCUAGGUUGAAGAAACCCUUCAGUCUCUACACUGUAUGUGCCUGGUAGUGGUGCACACAGCUGAAGAAUUAAAGGCACACUCAGCAGAUUACAUCAUUAACAGAAGGACAUUAUACAACAGCAACAGCAGAAUUCAAAUCUGCCGCCAAGAUGACCAUUAUUAAACAAACGUAACAAUUUGCAUCCUCUCCUGUGGUACACACACAUUGGGAAUAGCCAAUAAUGUCAGUCUUGGCAGAUUUGUAAUUCUCUCUGUUGUCUGUAAGUAGGAAGUUGCCCCAUUUUGUAUUUUCUAUUUUUUUUAACCUUUAUUUAACCAGGCAAGUCAGUUAAGAACAAAUUCUUAUUUUCAAUGACGGCCUAGAAACAGUGGGUUAACUGCCUGUAUGAUGAUGUCAUCUUUCUGAGUGUUCCUUUAACCCUUUGUGCCUUUUUUUUAUUUAUUUUUACGGCAAACAUAGAGAAGAAAUGUAUAUUUUUUUGUCCACUGCUCUCUGCACAAUAUAUUACCGUAAAGAGUAGCAUAUCUUAAGAAUUUGACUAUUCUCUGUGUUUGUUUGUAGUCGGUCUACAUUGACACAUGAUUAUCUUAUUGUAGGUACAUAGUAAUUGGUAGUACAUUUGUGGCACCAUUGUUAAUUUAAUUUUCUCCUGUUUAAACUGUUUGGUUUGAUAAGUCAAACAGAAGUUUAACUGCGACAGGAACAGAGAUGGAGGCUCUCGUAAUCUCCGGUGACUGUGUAAUGUUUUUGUUAUCAUUUUAGGACCCUUCGUGUCACGUGAAGACUCAAUAGGAGAAAGCAUUGCCUUUUGACUGUUAUAUACAUGGAUCCACUCUCAUGGCCUGUAUGUAUAAUUAUUUUGGAGUAAGAGUGCUGAUCUAGGAUCAGUUUUGAGUUUUAGAUCAUAAUUAAUAAGACUAUAUUAUGAACAGGAGGGACCUAAUCCUAGAUCUGCUCUCCUACUCUAACACACUUGACACAUUUGGCCCCAGAUCUUCAUAUUUGAGUGUAAGGUGGCAAUGGGAAACGCUGUGUGCCAAGGUAAAACAUAAUUACAGUACUUUAAAGCAAGAUAGGGUGGGGUAUAAUACCACUGAUGUAAAAAGAGAACAUUCACGCCCUUUAUAUGCUAUUUCCUGGGCUGUGUUCAUUGGAGCACGCACUGGAAAACGUUUUUAAAAUAUCUAAAAAUGUGUAAUAUGACCAGUCCCUCUCUGUGUCCGCAUGUUUUGUUCCAUUUGGUGCCCAAUUUAAUUUGCCAACGGAGGAUGUACCCUUUGCAUAAUGUAAAGAGGAAUACACGUGUUUAUAUAGCAAUACACUAACGUUCAAUGUAUGAACCAGUAUAUUAAGAACAAAAUGGGAUGUUGAGAGAAUGAUUCAGAUUUUUCACGAGAAGUUUCAAAUAAGACUUAUCACUCACCAAAACUCAACAAUGAUGUCCUCUGUACUCACUUUGGUUUGAAUAUGAUAUCAACACAAGUAAUAAAAUAACAGGCUACAUACUA